CCACGACGCUUGAUGCAACGCCCGCCCACAGCCUACCGACAAGCAGUGCGUUCUCUUCACUCGUUCUCACCUGAGCCUGUGUGGAUCUCCGAUGAGCUGCUCUCGUUGACUCUUGAGCGCUUCCUCCGAAUUACAUGUCACCAGCAAAGGCGACAUGGCAGCCAUGUUCCUGGGCCAUUGGAGGCCAGACGACGGGCCGUGAAGCGCCGGAUGACUGCUCUUGCUUCUCCAAGUGGCGUUAUAACUCCCCCACCAUUCAGUCUAGGUGCAUUGUUCGGUUUUCGCUCGAAUCCUGGCCCAACGUGGAGAUAUGAACCACCCUCCGUCCUCCCGCUACAGCAGUCAUUGGAUCCUUCUCGGACAACUACAAAUUCAUCCCCUUUCUUCACCUCUGGUAGCCAUUUCCCCACCUCUGAUACAACGGUAUCAACUUUAUUACAACCCCCUGCUUUUGAAAGUCCAUUCUUUGAGGAGACUUCAUCAUCGGUUCAGACAGAAGGCCAAGAGGGUGUAAAAUCUGCGGAAACAGACGAAGCGGCAACUGUCGACCUCGAUGCCUGCCUCAUAAAGUUCAAAAGCUUGGUGAAUUUGCCGAUAUCGGAAGUUGGCAAUCAAUGGAGAAGUUUACAAGAUGCAUUUGAACGCUCCUGUCCUGCAAGUGAUCAAGCUGGAGUUUUCUGCCUUCGCGUUUUAGAGUAUCUCAUGCAGGACAAUUGGAAACCAAAGGCGAUCUUUGAUCUUCUGUUGAGACCGACUCUCUGCUUCCCAGAAUUUCCAAGUCCUGAGUCUAUCGAAUUCGCGCAUCGUGUCAGGGCAUUAUCUACAGGUUUGCCAACGUCCAAGAUGAAGUUGCGCAAACUAUACAAGAAACUGUUUUCGAGGAUUUCAGAUGAUUACAUCACGCAAGUCGUUGCGAACAACGCCAAUCUCGUUGCUCUUUAUCCAACGGUCUUGGAAAAGGUCGUUCUCUCACUAGAUGCACGAGUUGAUACAUUCAGAGAUGAUGUGCGCCGGCUUGCGAAGAACUUCGCUAUUCCAGACCUCGAGAAAUGUAUCGCCUUUAUUCUAGCCAAUCCAAAUCAAGGCUUAAAUCACAUCGCCGCCUUAGUCACAUCCUACCGAGGAAAGCGAGACCGGGAUCUAGCCAUAAUUGGACGCAUUUUGCAUUAUAUUCCACGCUCAUCGCUAUGCGGAUACAUUCGAGCUAUGCCCGGAGAGCUGCUUAAGGAAGAGUUCGGGUCAACUAGGACACUCAAGCAAACCUCUCGGUAUAUUAUGACUUGGUUGAAGAUUCUGCACCACUUAGAUUCUCUAGCAACCAUGAGCGAGGAAGGCCAAACAUUCUCAUUCCUGGCAUAUGCAAGUCUUGCGGCGCGUGGAAUUCGCCCUGUGGAAAUUGGAGGUCGUCUAACCAAACUCCAGCCGACUGAUUUAGUAAAAGCGUUGCUCCAUUGGAUGCCGUAUCAUGAAUCCAUUCCCAAGUCACAAACCGCCAGGUUGGUGGAUUUCAUCGAAACGUAUCCUGUUUUCAUGGUUUCCGUUGCCUACCCAUCUGGUCUCCGCCUGAAUGAAUUGCUCGCUGAGGUUUUCAUUAAACUCCAAAGUCUCUCCAUACCAAAUCACGGGUUUGCGGAACUAGCAUUAGAAUUCGUCCACGAACACAAGACUCCCGGGUCUGUUCUGGCCACUCUAGAGCAGUUGGCCGUCAAGGGGGGAAAGCUUUCGGAUACAACCUUUCUAUACCGCUACAUGUUUCGCGAACUAGAACAGUUCAGUAAACACCAGGAUCCCUUUGUGUUUCACCUUAUCCGGUCAAUAUGUGCGCUUGACCUUGGAGUUGACAAACCUUUCCCCGUGAAGAAAGUCCUCAACCGACUCCAGGCUCUCCAGGCUCGUCAUCAAUUCCAACAUAUACUAGGCCGCGCUCGAGAUGCCCAUCUCCUCCCACUUGUGUACAAUUCUAUGGCCGAAUCGCUGAUGGACGGGUCCACAAAGCUUGUCCACCAGCUCGCACACCAAUACUCGAUCGAUCAUACCCGGACGUAUCUUCAAGCUUCUCGUUCUAUGUAUUACCUUUAUAGAUACAUAGUACAACGCGAGCUUCCAAUGGGGCCACUGUUUACGAAGGCUCUCGUCCGGGUCUUUCUGAUACGACCGUUGAUGGAGAAUAGAUUCGUCACUUCUCGUCGGUGCAUAUGGGUGUGUGGAAUGGUUGCCCAGGUUGAGGGUGAACACGUCGCACGGAAGAUUCGGGAGAUAUUUUCAAGUUGGAGAGGUGGUCUUAUUGGUCAUGCACAGAAACGACUUCAUAGAUUUGGAGGAAGUGGGGAGGCAAGGGUCGCUACCAUGAAGAGUUUAGGACUCCUCGAAGACUAGCCAGUUGGCUUGCACGUAGCCUCAAUUGCAUAUGCAUGUACUGAAGUCUAUGUUCACAGAAUACCCUUCGUCCGUCUAAGAAAUGCAAAAAGAG